CAAACUUCUUCUCUAAAUUGUCUCCGAAUUACACUCUUCCGAUGAUGGUUUAGUCAGGUGGAGCUUGCUUUUGCUUUCACAUAGGGAUUUCUGUGUUAGACUGGACAUGUUCGACGGUGGAUCGAAGUCUCAAUAUGUUGGUGGGCACAGAGAGAAGUUUGUGCGGUUGAAUGAUUUGGAUUCUAGAUCAUCAUCACCUGCUUCUUCAGUUGCAAUGAAUAAAUGUGGAUUUGACGGAAUAGGUCGUACAAGACAUGUAAAUGCUUCCCCUUCUAGAUCUUUCAAAAAUGGAAUUAGAAAAGGAUCAGAAGGACUUAAAUCAAUUGGUCGGUCACUUGGAUUUGGAGUUUCUCAUGCUGUGUUCCCUGAAGAUCUUAAGGUGUCAGAGAACAAGAUCUUAGACCCUCAAGCUAAAUUCCUUCUCAUGUGGAAUAAAUUCUUUGUUCUCUCCUGUAUAUUGGCUGUGUCUAUAGAUCCAUUGUUCUUCUAUCUUCCGGUCUUUGAUCAAAAAAAUUCUUGCCUCGGUAUAGAUAAAAAGCUAGCAAUUACUGCUACAACACUACGGACCGUUGUUGAUGCCUUCUAUCUCAUUCACAUGGCUCUUGAAUUCCGAACUGCUUACAUUGCUCCAUCAUCCCGUGUUUUUGGACGGGGUGAACUUGUAAUUGAUCCUGCACAAAUAGCUAAGAGAUACUUGCGGUGGUAUUUCAUCAUUGAUUUCCUUGCAGUGCUGCCCAUACCACAGAUUGUUAUCUGGAGAUUUCUGCAGAGUUCGAAUGGUUCAGAUGUAGUGGCUACAAAAGAAGCCUUACUUUUUAUUGUGUUAUUUCAGUAUAUCCCCAGAUUUGCUCGAAUCGUGCCUUUGACUUCAGAACGGAAAAGGACCGCUGGCGAUUUUGCGGAAACUGCUUGGGUUGGGGCCACUUGUUAUUUGUUGCUCUACAUGCUUGCCAGUCAUAUAGUUGGUGCCUUCUGGUAUUUGUUGUCUGUAGAGCGUAAUGAUACAUGCUGGCAGAGAGCUUGUAAAAAGAGAAAUCAGAAUACGGAUUUUUUGUAUUGUGGAAAUGAACGCACGGCAGGUUAUGAUAGCUGGAGCAGUAACAGUAGUGAAGUUCUAAAAGCUGAUUGCUCUCCAGAUGGUGAUAAUCCGCCAUUUAAUUUCGGGAUUUUCAAGCAGGCCCUGUCAUCAGACAUUGUUUCGUCUAGAGAGUUUGUUUCAAAGUACUGCUACUGCUUGUGGUGGGGGCUGCAGAAUUUGAGCACUCUAGGACAGGGGCUUGAAACCAGCACUUAUCCCGGAGAGACUAUAUUUUCAAUUGCACUAGCCAUAUCCGGGCUCAUUCUAUUUGCCUUGUUGAUUGGCAACAUGCAGACAUACCUUCAAUCUCUUACAAUUCGGCUGGAAGAGAUGAGAGUUAAGAGGCGUGACUCGGAGCAGUGGAUGCAUCACCGGUUACUUCCAGAUGAUCUUCAGGAGCGUGUUAGACGCUAUGAUCAGUACAAGUGGUUAGAAACCCGUGGCGUGGAUGAAGAGAAUUUGGUUCAAACGCUACCAAAGGAUCUGAGAAGGGACAUAAAGCGUCAUCUUUGUCUUGCUUUGGUUAAAAGGGUUCCUCUGUUUGAAAACAUGGAUGAGAGGUUGCUAGAUGCCAUUUGCGAACGGCUGAAACCUUGUUUAUACACGGAUAGUAGCUACAUUGUCCGUGAAGGAGAUCCUGUUGAUGAAAUGCUCUUCAUUAUACGUGGCCGUCUUGAGAGCGUAACCACCAAUGGUGGCAGAAGCGGGUUUUUCAACCGUAGUUUGUUGAAAGAAGGCGACUUCUGUGGCGAGGAGCUUCUGACCUGGGCACUCGACCCUAAAUCCGGAGCUAAUCUUCCAUCUUCCACAAGAACCGUGAAGGCCUUGAGAGAGGUGGAGGCUUUCGCAUUGCCAGCCGACGAGCUGAAAUUUGUUGCCAGUCAGUUCCGGCGGCUGCACAGUCGACAGGUACAACACACAUUCCGGUUUUACUCACAGCAGUGGCGGACUUGGGCGGCAUGCUUUGUUCAGGCAGCCUGGCGAAGAUAUUCCAAGAGGAAGAUCUUGGAGCAGCGGCGGAAAGAGGAGGAAGAGGAGGCAGCUCGUAACAGUUCCACCAGCGGUGGAGCUACAUACAGCCUCGGGGCCACUUUCUUGGCUUCGAAAUUUGCAGCCAACGCUCUUCGUGGGGUCCAUCGCAAUCGGAACCUGAAGAGUGCUAGGGAAUUGAUGAAAUUGCAAAAGCCUCCAGAGCCAGAUUUCACUGCUGAUGCUGAUUAGCUUUGUUUCUGACUGUAAUCAGAACUGUGUAAUAUAGACCUUAAGAUGCUUGUUUUAACUGUGCUUUGGUGAGAGGCUUGAAGUUGAAAAUUGUAACCAUACUUGUUGUAAAGCUUGCUGUAAAAAUGAUUGUAACUAUGUUGAUAUGGAGGAAAUGUUAAUUUCUUUG